AUGUCGCGUUCUGGGAGCAUACACAACUCCAGCCACGUUCCCAGGCAGCCGGCAGUGGCGCUUACCUUCGUUAAAGGUCCUUCAGGCCGUGAGCAUGUCUUCUACAACGAUACCCCCCACUCAAGUUUAGUCCCGCACACAGUCCCAGGUGGCUCGCCCUUUCUCUCCAGCGUCAGCUGUCCGCCACAGUCCCCCCUUGGUCAAGCAACCUCGCUGGGAACUUCGCAGUACACAAAUCAUGGCGAGCGUCGGCUGUCGUAUGGAGCGUGCAUGACGGGCGGAGGCCCGCAUGCGCAUUGCCUUCGGGAUGGAUUCCAUGGCUUGGGAGUGCCUGCGCCCUACUUUGAGUCUUCCCCCGAGGAGCUGUCAGCGUCAGAGAGGAGGCCUCUGUGUCACAGGCUGAAGGCAAAGUUAAGAGCUCCAGCCCCCAAAGCAUCGGCGGACGGCGCCUUCUCAGGUGAUGAUAUAAUAAAUGUCCAGCUGACUGAGCGAGAUCUGGAAGAGCUGAUGGCGCUUGUUCGGAGCGAGCAAGAUGUGGUGCUGUUGAAGCGCCGUGAUCAACAGAGGGGAAACCUUGGAGCAGUGGUAGAAGAGCAGUGCCGGCAGAUGCGAAUUCUUUCCUUGGAGCUGAAGAAGACGAAAGCUGUACUGGAAGAAAAAGAGUUCCUCCUCGAGGCUGAGAAACAGAAAACCGCCUCCCUCACACGCCAACUGCGGAUGCUUAGGAGGCUCCGACGGGCCGAGAAACAGGAACACCAACAGACUCUCAAAUGUGCAGAGAACCAGCUUGAGCGAGAGCUGGAAAACUAUAUGGAGGCUGCUCAUCGUCAAGGCCUGUCUUUUUUUGGAAGAACCACGGAGAGUGGCGCAGGAGAAUUCCGAGACCCAGACGGCGCUGAUGCAGCUUUCGCGGAUGAGGAGAACUUCCCUGGCUCCUCUGUUGCCGGUGGGGAACCGGUGAUAGGGAGCGAGGGGCGAGAUGUGGGCGCGGAGGACUGGGAUACCAGUGGCUACAGUGGGGAGGCAGGUGACGGAUUAGGUUUCCAGCCAGACGAUGAGGGCGUCAUUACAGGUGAAAGUCAUGCUGGCGUAUAG